AUGUUUCGCAAACCUCGGCGAGCGUAUAGAGUCCAAAGGAAAGAGGAAUCAGACGGUGAGGCUGAAGAGUCUCCAACGGAUGUAGCCCAGACCUCUGAGACUAAUCCAUCGGCCCCUAUUCGUUCCUCGGGGACCAAACAUUCCGCAAAAGUGGAUGGGUUCUCGGUUUCUCCGAAUAUUACACACGAAGACGAGACCAUCAAAGUGAGACCUUUGAAUAGAGCUUCCUCGGAACAAUUUUCUUCAAUGCUUAAACAGGGCGUGAUUCCCGACGCCAGCACCAUACACAUGGUUCGCAAACAGCGGCAGCAGGCCAAGUUCCAACUUGAGGCAGAGGAGGAGAACUUUUCUUCUCCUCACCCGUCAAGUAAUGAUGGUCGUCGCCUAAUUAGGGAAGAGGACGAUGAUGAAGAAGACGACUUUGAGGGGAGUGGAGCUAACGUUUAUCACCAUCGUCGGCCUGCCUUCACCCUGUCUGCUGAGUACCGUGACCCAAAAAGCCGUCGGCGAGUGGAGAUCUCUCGAGGUCUGCAACGCAGACACGAGCGAGAGCAGGAGGACGAUAAGGAGCGUCGUUCCAUGCUUGAAGCCAUAGAAAACGCAUCAAAGAAUAAGCAUGAGGAAGGAGAUGAUGAUGUAGAUGAUGACGAGGCGGAUGAUACCUGGGAGCGUCAACAAAUCCAAAAAGCUGUCUCGAGCAAAAACACAGCUGUUUUGGAAGCUCUUGAACCUUUGCCAUCUACAGACGGAGGUCUUCUUCCGAAACCAUCGCGUCGCCUAGCUGACUUUGGGGACGUCACACUAGCUUCGAUCAAGUCAACCCUUCAGGAACGGUAG